AUGCCUUCCCGACAAGAAGUCUCCUACUUUGGAGCUGGUCCAGCUCCCCUCCCAACUUCGGUCGUCGAAGCCGGCGCAAAGGCAUUCGUCAACUUCAACGAUACCGGACUCGGACUCGGCGAGAUCUCCCACCGCUCCCCCGCCGCCAACAAGAUCCUCAACGAUGCCAAAGCAAACCUCUCCACUCUCCUCGACAUCCCUGAUAACUAUGAGGUCCUGUUCAUGCAGGCCGGAGGCAGUGGCGGGUUCAGCGCUGUCGUGCAGAACUUGGUCCCCGUCUGGAUUGAGCGCCGCCGCCGCAGGGCCGAGGCCGACGUGAAGAAGGCACAGCCCGAUGCGGAACAGGCUCAGGUUGACGAAUUGGUCUUCCAGAGAUUGCAGAAGGAGGUCGACGAGGAGUUGAAGCUGGAUUACCUCGUGACUGGAUCUUGGUCGCUCAAGGCUGCCCAGGAAGCGAGCAGAAUGAUCGGUUCGAAAUACGUCAAUAUUGCUCUUGAUGCUCGCAAGGCCAACAAUGGCAAAUUUGGAAAAAUCCCUGCUGAGGACUCCUGGUCGUUGACUCCUACCAAGAAGGAGGGCGGCAAGGGUUCGGCGUUUGUCUACUUCUGCGACAACGAGACCGUCGAUGGUGUCGAAUUCCAGCAGCACCCCAAGUCAUUGGAGGCUCAGGGUCAGGAUCCCGAAGAUGAGCGUCUCGUCGUCGCCGAUUUGAGCUCCAACUUCAUCAGCCGCAAGGUUGAUGUCAGUAAAUACGCUGUCCUUUUCGGUGGUGCACAGAAGAAUAUCGGUGUUGCCGGUAUCUCCAUUGCCAUCGUUCGCAAGGAUCUCCUCCCUCCCCAGACCGCGACUCCUCCCCCUGCUCUCCUCCAUCGGUUGAACAUUGGCGGUCUCCCCGGCUCAAUCGUUCUCGACUACGCAACCCUCGCAAAGAACAACUCCCUCUACAACACCCUCCCCAUCUUCAACCUUUGGAUUGCCGGUCAGGUCAUGGCCGACCUGGUGGCCCAGUUUGGCGCCCAAAAGGUCAGCGGGCAAGAGGAAAUCGCCAAAAAGAAGGCGCAGCUUAUCUACGGUGCUUUGGACAAGUUCCCUCAAGUGUACCAGGUUGUCCCUGAUGUUAGCGUCCGCAGCCGCAUGAACAUCUGCUUCCGUGUCAGCGGUGGUGAUGAUGCGAAGGAAAAGGAGUUCAUCGCUGGCGCUGAGAAGCGUCUUCUCCAGGGCCUCAAGGGCCACCGCAGUGUAGGCGGUAUGCGUGCCAGCAACUACAAUGCCGUUCCAUUGGAGAACGUGCAGAAGUUGGUGAAGUACCUCGAGGACUUUGCUACAGAACAGUAG